GUUCUUCAAUCCUCAAACUCUGUCCUGAGAGAGCUUGAUCUGAGUAACAAUGACCUGCUGGAUUCAGGAGUGAAUCUGCUCUCUGAUGAACUGAAGAGUCCAAACUGUCAGCUGCAGAUUCUGAGGUUGUCAGGCUGUAUGGUGACAGAGGAAGGCUGUGGUUAUUUGUCUGCAGCUCUGAGGUCAAACCCCUCACAGCUGAGAGAGCUGGAUCUGAGCUACAAUCACCCAGGACCAUCAGGAGUCCAGCUGCUCAACCACAAACUGGAGGAUCCAAACUAUAAACUGCAGAUACUCAAUGUGGAUCAUGGAGGAGAGAAGAUGAUGACUGCAGGACCACAAAAGUAUGCCUGUGAUCUCACACUGGAUCCAAACACAGCAAACACUCGACUCAUUCUGUCUGAUGAGAACAGGAAGAUCACACGUGUGUUUGAGUGUCAACCGUAUCCUGAUCAUCCAGAUAGAUUUGAUGUUCCUCAGGUUCUGUGUCUUGAGGGUCUGACUGGACGCUGUUACUGGGAGGCUGAAUGGAGCAGAAAUAAUGCUGAAAUAUCAGUGUCAUAUAAAGGAAUCAACAGGAAAGGAUGGAGAGACUGUCGGUUUGAAUCCAGUGAAAAAUCCUGGAGUCUGGAGUGCUCUGAUAACAGUUUCUCUGUCCGUCACAAUGAUAACAGAACUGAUAUACCUGCUGUUCAUUCAUCCUCUAAUAGAGUAGGAGUGUAUGUGGACGUGUCGGCCGGCUCUCUGUCCUUCUACAGUGUCUCUGACACACACACACUCACACACUUACAUACAUUCAACACCACAUUCACUGAACCCCUCUACGCUGGAUUUGGGGUUGAUUAUCCUGAUUGUUCAGUGUCUCUGUGUUAUAUUAAACGAUAGAGAGACUCUCUGUAAAUCCUCUUUCUGAUGUUCACAUGCACACAAACUCAUCAAAUCUCACAUCAUUACAUUUGAAUAAAUUCAUUUUUAAUUAGUUGUUCAUUGUCCUCCAGAAGUUAUAAAUCUAGAUCAGACACACACUGUUCUGAAUCUUUAAUAAACACAGUAAUAAGGUUGCUUUAAUAUUUAUAUUGUAAACUGAUCAUCAAAUGUAAUAAAAUUACAUAAGUGACUCAUUUAAUGAUGAAGUGGUUUCUGAAUCCCUGAUGUGAACUGAUGACAGUAUGAAUAA